UGGAUCGCGAGCCACUGCGCUGUGAACGGUGUGCGGGACUGACUGCGGACGCAGCGGAUCCACGGUUGAGCGCUGAACAACUCCAAACAAGAUCCAAGGCUAAAAGACGCGUCACUUACUCGCAGAGGAAACGCCGAAUUGCUGGAGUUUCCCCAUCUGUUUAUAUCCUUGAGACGAUUUUUUUUUGCACCUUUCGGCACGCGAGGCAGGAGCGGACAGUAACUGAUAUCCAGUCUUUCAGCAUGCGCUAAAAAUCCAGAUCAUACAAUAUAAGAAGCAGCAAAACUCGGGAGUUUACUUUCAUGGUUCUUUUUGAAAGAAAAUCCAAAUGGAAUUGGACAGACAUUUUUGGCCGUCCUGUGACUGACAGUUAAGCUUUGUUCCAGGACACUUUGAACAUGGAUAUAGGUCGAUAAAUAUCGGACAAAACUGUUGCAUAUCUGAAGCGCAUCUCUAUGAUCUGGGAUCAAAAGCGAAAGGAGUCUAUUUUAAAUCUGACACAUGAUCAGGAUCGGAUUUGUGCACCAACACGGGAUUGAUGGUCCUUAUACCUGUGUGCGUGUCACUCACCUCCUGUCUGGCGUGAUUUGACCUUUUGUAAGGCUACUAGCUCAAUUAAUAGAUGAGUACAAUAAAACAGUCACGCGCUGCCGUUUACCUAAGUGAAAGGUAGCAGCGAUUUUGGCAACAGAGAAACAUUGGCCCAGAAGCCGCCUGUGCAACGUUGUGCGACACCUUUUUUCCCUCCAGGCAACACUAGAAAAAUUGGAUUUGGAAGUUGAGCCAUGGAGCCCCUCCGCCUGGACGCAUAACCUAGUCUGUUGCAUGUGCUUCGGUAACCCGGGGUACAGUCGAUCGAAAGGAUCUUAUCUUCUGGCUGGCUUGUGUCUCUCCGAGAAGCGUGUAAGAUGGCUGGAAGUGACUGCUCGUGGAAAUAUUACCUCUGGAUUCUGACAGUCAUGUGCAGAUACGCGUUACCCGCAGCCAAAUCACUGGAGUCUGUCGUGUGGAAUUCACAAAAUCCCAAGUUUGUGUCUGGGAAGGGCUUGGUGAUCUACCCGGAAAUCGGUGACAAACUGGACAUUAUCUGCCCCAAAGGGGACAUGGGAAGACCAUAUGAGUUUUAUAAACUCUACCUGGUGAAGAAAGAGCAGGCCGAGUCCUGCAGCACCAUACUGGACCCCAAUGUGCUGGUGACCUGCAACAAACCAGAGAAAGACAUCAAAUUCACCAUCAAGUUCCAGGAGUUCAGUCCAAACUACAUGGGACUUGAAUUCAAACGCAUGGCAAACUAUUACAUCACCUCAACUUCUAAUGGAACACAGGAAGGGUUGGAAAACAGAGAAGGUGGGGUUUGUAGCACGAGAUCCAUGAAGAUCAUCAUGAAAGUGGGCCAAGAUCCAAAUGCACCAGAUCCAGAUUUAACGGACCUCCCAGACCAGGACCGGGAAAAUGAGAUCAAGGACCCCACAACCAGCCCUUCCCGCAAGAUAGACCGAGACCGAAACAGAGACGCAGAUGGGAACGGAUCCAUAAUGCCUGGCAGAGACACAAGAAACCAGGAUAACAGUCCUGGUUCGGUGGAAAGUAUUUUCGGCUCUAAAGCAGCUCUCUUUGCUGCCAUUGGAGCCGGCUGUGUCAUCUUCCUCCUCAUCAUCAUCCUCCUCAUCGUCUUGCUCCUCAAGCUUCGCAAGAGAACCCGCAAACACUCGCAGUCCAGGGGCGGAACCGCCCUGUCACUCAGCACUCUGGCCACACCCAAAGGAGCCGCCCAGGCCGGCUCAGAACCGAGUGACAUCAUCAUCCCCCUGCGGACAACAGACAAUAACUACUGUCCACACUAUGAAAAAGUGAGCGGAGACUAUGGGCACCCCGUCUACAUAGUGCAGGAAAUGCCGCCCCAGAGCCCCGCCAAUAUCUACUACAAAGUCUGAGAGAACAAGAGCGAAGCAACUGCAAUAAGAACUUGUUUUUGUAAGGUAUCCUGAAUCUUUUUUUCAUUACCUAACCCCGUCUGCUCCGUGUGCGAGAGGUUGGAGAGGGAGAAGUGGAAAAGAGGAAUAAAAAAAGACUAUGUGGAUGAUAUUCCUCUCAGAUUUCCUUCCCUCCGUCCCUUUUCUGAACACUACACUGUGUGUAUGUGUGUGUGUGCCUCUCGCUCUCGAUGUGUGUGAAAUGGCAGAAAACCUCUCCAAAUUGCGUGGCACUCAGGCACGGACUUCACUGCUGAAGAACAGCCGACAACCAAUCACAGAGGGACGCUAGAGUGACAUCACAAAGCAGGAAGCUCUCAUUUGUGUUUUUUGUACCAUUACGACUCUUCGCUUAGUUUUUUGUCUGUAUUUCAUCCAUCACAGUGUUUCGUUUUUAUCAGCAUCAACUUGAUUCUUGCAGCUUUCGCAGUGUCUCGCUCACAGAAAAUGUCUUAAACACUGUUACGAAUGCCGCUCUCUUCCUCACACACUCAAUAGGUCCUCUCAUUUCCUUGCGUCUCUCCAGACACUCGUUCAUUUUACAUGCUGUAGAGGCAAUUGAACAAAAACACACACACUUUGGUGUUCACAGGUCAGUAACAAACAGCUUCUCGGUGGACAUGCGAGUGAGUGAAAUAGGGAAUUUAAUAUGUAAACACCAGUGUCAGACCUUCCAGAACUCCCAGUCUGCUUUUUGUUCCUUUGAGAAUUGUUUCAGUUGAAAUUCUCUCUCCUCUCAGCCGAACACAAGUAGUUUUUUGUUAUCUGUUGUCAGUGAUGCGUGAAGUGCUGAAUAAUAUUUGUAUCUUAUCAUUAUGUUUUUUUUCUUAUUCUAUCUCCCAAAGGUUUGUAGGUCAAAAACAUCUUUAGGGAUUUGCCUCUACACCAUGAGCCUAUGACCUCUUUUCAGUCACAAACAUACAAACAUAUAACUUUGCAUAAUUUUGUCCACUAACACAGUUUUUUUUUUUUUUUUGUCUGUUUGGAUGUAGACAUGGACUCUUACAGUAUGACUGUGUGUAUGUAGAGUCCCAUGCAGAAGCCAAAAAUCCAUUGACAUACAGAACACAUGAAAUUAUGCCUUCACCUCUCCCUCCUCUCAGAUAUGCACAUAAAUUAUCCCUGUUUGCAAACAAACACAAGCAAAAAAAAAAUCAUCCACGAAUCAGAGAAUCAAAACAAGCUCACCAUAUCAUCCUGGAAAAUCUAGUGCUAGAUCUAUUUUUAUAUGGACUGCACGGGAAAUGAUAAACAGCAAACAGUGGCGGCAGGUGUGUUUACACCUAUGCUAAUUUAAAAUUAGCAGCAUUGCAUCUGGCCUCCAGCGCAACCAAUCAGAGGAAGCCCAAUAUUUCUCUGUAGCUUUCUCAUAAAAUAGAUUUUUAAAUAAUAUUUCGAUUAGGGUUUACUGCUGUUGUUUUUUGUUGUUGUUUCUUCUUAAUUUAGUUUCUAAGGCCCGAGAUUAUGUAAAUAAUGUAUGUUGGGAAAAAAAUGUUGAAUAUGAAAGUUCCAUUUUAUGAGAGACCCUGUUAAUGAAAAUAUAAUUAGGAAUUUUGAAAAUGCAAAAGUUUUUGUAAAUAGUCUUUUUUUGGAAAAAGACAUUUUGUAAGUAAAAUGUUUCCUGUCUCA